AUGUUACCGGUUCAAAUCUUCAUCUGUAACCCAGCAACGAAGUCUUGGUUACCUAUUCCUUACCCCAAGCAAAUUAAAAGGUACCCUUAUGCUGACGAUGUAAUCAUGUUAUUAGCAUACUAUCAUGGCCCAGAUGACUACAUGGUAUUGAAUUUUCAAAGACCUUAUCCUCCGUCAUCCUUGUAUUAUACCUGUGAGUAUUACAAGCCUAAUGAAGGGUCGUGGAAGAAGAUGGAAAGAAGGUUUUUUACUGGUGGAAGGGAGAUAAAAUUUAACAUGCUAGUGUAUGACAAUGGAAUCAUCCACUUAAUGUCAAAUCAAUUUCCUGUCAGGCAAAGAAAUAGCCAUCUAUAUGCUCCCUGUAUUGUGUCCUGCAACCUUGAGAAUGACACCACAACAACGCUAAAGUUGCCAAGAGGUGCCAAAAAGAGUCGUAUUGACUUCUUUUUUUCUGAAGUGGGCAUUUUCAAAUGGGGUAAGGUAUCAAGUUCAGCUGAAUCCUCCAUUUGUUUUGUAAGACUGAGAAAAUCUGUUUUUACUAUAUGGGCUUUGACUGAUUAUGAAUCAAGUAGGUGGAAGAGAAUUCUCAAGAUAAGAAUAAAAGGGAUGGGUUUGAGGGAGAAAGAUCCUGUAGUAACCGGUUUUGCGGUUGUUAAUGGUGAUCUUUUGAUUUUUUCGACUGAAAGAGGACUCUAUAGUUAUGGUUUGACCGAAGAAAAUUACAUGGUGUUGGAAAAAAUAUGUGAACAUAGAUGUGGUUCUUCUAUAGUAUGCUUUACUCCCUACAAAGAUACUCUUCAUCCGUGUGGACCUGAGGGUGCAUCUUUACUAUGUUAA